AUGGAUAUCGCAGCAACGGCCAAGAUCAAGGCCCAAGACCUUCUCGGGAAGGAGGAGGAGCUGCUGAAACAGCUGGACGACCUGAAGGUGGAGCUGUCCCAGCUGCGCGUCGCCAAAGUGACAGGCAGCGUGGCCUCCAAGCGCCCUAAAAUCCGGGCGCGGUGGCUCACGCCUAUCCGAGUCGUCCGCAAAUCCAUUGCCCGUGUUCUCACGGUUAUUAACCAGACUCAGAAAGAAAACCGCGGGAAAUUCCACAAGGGCAAGAAGUACAAGCACCUGGACCUGCGGGCUAAGAAGACACACGCCGUGCGCCGCCCGCUCAGCAAGCACGAGGAGAAACUGCCAAUCAAGAAGCGGCAGCAGAGGGAGCACCUGUCCCCAACGCGGAAGUGCGCGGUCAAGGCCCGAGUGGCGCGUUGUCAAUAA